AUGACCAACCGCGACCCCGAGUUUCGACAUCAGCUGGGCAAGUUUCGUCUUGAUUCUUCCUUCUCAUCGCAUGUUUCCACGCCUCCACCGCCCAUACUACAUCCUGAAACCUCCCCGCUCUCUCAGCCCCCUUCCUUGACGACACCGACAUCGUCGCAGCCACAGCAAACCCAGUCCCAUACAUCCCACCCCCAUCGCAGCAAACGUGUUUCAACGGCGUGUGACUUUUGUCGCAAGCGGAAAAAGAAAUGUGAUUUUCGCUAUCCGAACUGUUCCGCAUGUACUCGCGCCGGGGUACGAUGUACGAUUCCUCCGCCGGGUCCCCAAGUCGCCAGUGCCUCCGUUCCUCGAGAUCAGCUUGAGAAUCUUCAGAACCGUGUACGAUGGCUAGAAGACGUUCUGCGACGCAAGACGGGCCUCUCCGUAGCCGACAGGCCAACAGGGAGUGCACUGGACGGGGAAGGAGAUCUGGACUGGUGGUAUCAGGUACCAACUGUGUUAAUGGGCCGGGACGGUUCCCGUUCAACGACGUCUGCGACAGCCUCGGCAUCCAGCCCAGCGGACUCUCCUGCUGUCGGAGCAGAACUGCCCAAUGUAGGCGAAAUAUUCCGAGAUCAGCUGGAAAAUCGACGACCAUCGGUUGCGCGCCCGGUCGCAUCUGCCCCGCGCGUUCUCCGCUUGGCCUCUUUGGAGGAUGCUGAACGAGUGGCCUCGCAGUACUUCGACGGCAUUGGCUACCAAUACCCAUUCCUCCAUCGCCAUGAGUUCUUUACGCAGUUACGACGCAUAUAUACUGGUGACGUGCCAUCAACUGACGUGCUAUACACCUACCACAUCACAAUCGCUAUCGCCAUGCUGAUCAGUAAUGCCGAUGGCACACAAGCGAACGAGUACUACCGUGCGAGCCAGGAAACACUAUCACUGUCGUUGCAAAACGAGGAUCUGUCGGCGGUGCGGGCCUUACUGAGCCUGGCUCUAUGGACGAUGUUUUCCACGAACGGCCCGAGUGUGUGGCAUGUGCUGGGCAGCGCUCUACGUCUCGCGACAAGUCUUGGUCUGCAUAAAGCUCGGAAUUCGGGCAGUGUGGUGGAAGAUGAAAUGGCCAAGCGAGCGUUCUGGAGUCUAUACAAUCUCGAUCGACUUGUUGCCAGCACGCUGGCCCGACCGUUGGGCAUCGCGGACGAAGAUAUUAGCGUGCACUUACCGCGCGAGUUCAACGAUGACUGGAGCGAAGCGCCGGGGGCCAGUGCCAUGACGAUUCCAGUGCAGGUGGUGCGACUGCGCCGGAUAUUCUCGCGGAUUUACCGUUACUUAUACAACAACCAUCCUCCUCCUCCUCCCGCCGAAGUUUCCCUUACACUCCUUCACUUCCGGCAAGAGCUUGAUGACUGGCGUCGGAAUGCGCCCGUGUACCCUCCCGCACUUCUGUAUUCGACCAGCUAUUACGAUUAUCUCUAUGCGACCACUCUGCUCCUCAUGCAUCGACCGAGCCCGCGAAAUCCGACGCCGGAUGCGACUAGCAUUGUGAGCUGCGGCGAUGCCAGCAUUCAAGUGAUCCGAUCAUAUUGGGACAGCUAUUCCGUCGGGAAGCUCAAAUGGAUCUGGCUGACGCUGAGCCAGAUCUACUUCGCAGGGAUCACCAUCUUGUGGUGUCUCAACCAGAAUUUCCUUUCUGUUCGGGAUGGCCAUCCAGCGGCCUGGCAGCCGAACGACCAGAUGAUGCGACGGGCCAUUCAGGCAGUUGUCGUGGUGCUGGAAGAGUUCGGCAAGCGACGGCCGGGGGUGGAACGCCUGGCGGAGUCGUUUCGCCAUCAUAGCACAGUCAUCUUCAGUCACUUGGCAUAUCAACAAGAACAAAUUCACAGCCAACCUCCGAGUCAGCCACCGCUACAACCCCAGCUGCAACAGCAACAAAACGUUCUGGUGGCCCCGCCGGUGCCGAUGGCGGCCACCUUGGACGAUGUGCUCCUCGUAGAUGGCUCCGGAAAUGUGCCUCUGAUCGAUGCGCAGCUGGCCGACGAAUUGUUCUAUUCAUCCCCAGACCCUCGAAAUCCUCCCCGACACCCUCCUCAUCAUCUCCGCAACAGGCCAAAUCCAGUCCCUCCACCUCUCCACCAACCCACCCGACAUCCCAGUCCUCCUCACCCAAGCCAACCACAACCCCGACACCACCCCGUAACCACCCUCGCAGCCACCGAAUUCCUGAUCCCGGGCUUCAUCGACACCCACACGCACGCGCCGCAAUGGUCCCAACGCGGCCUCGGCCGCGGCAUCCCGCUCCUCACCUGGCUGGAGCAGAUCACCUUCGCGCAUGAAGCCAAACUGGCCGACCCCGUGUACGCAAAGCAACUGUACCGCGCCGCCGUGCAGGGCAGUCUCAAGCAAGGCAUCACAACAGCCUGUUACUACGGCAGCCGGCACAAGGACGCGUCGGUGAUCCUGGCCGAGACAUGUCUCGCGAUCGGCCAGCGCGCGCUGAUCGGGAAAUGCAACAUGAACCGCCACGCCCCGGACUGGUACGUUGACGCGUCCGUGGACUCCUCCGUCGCCGACACCGUCGAGUUCAUCGCCAGAGUGAAGGAGCUAGACGACGCCACGGGGCUCGUGACGCCCGUCAUCACGCCGCGGUUCGCCAUCACCUGCGACGAGCAUCUCCUGCGCGAACUGGGCGCCCUGGUGAAACAGAACCCGGGCAUCCCCGUGCAAACGCACUUCAACGAGUCCCACGGCGAAGUCAACUUCACCCGCGACCUCUUCCCGCAGUUCAAGAACGAAACCGAACUGUAUGAUAGCUACGGCCUCCUCACCAACCGCACGAUCCUCGCCCACGCCAUCUACCCCCAGCCCGACGAGCUGCCCCGGCUCAAGGAGCUGGACUGCGGCGUCGCGCACUGCCCCAUCCCCAACACCACCAUGGAUGAGUUCAUGAUCGCGCCGGUGCGCGAGUAUCUCUCGCGCGGCAUCAAGGUCGGCCUGGGCACGGACUGCGGCGGCGGGUACUCGUCGUCGAUGCUGGAUGUGAUGCGCGCGGCGUUUAUGGUAUCGGUUGCGAAGCAGACGGAGACCGGGGGCAGGGAUGCGCCGCUGAGUAUCGCCGAGAGCUUUUAUCUGGCGACGCUGGGGGGCGCAGGGUUGCUGGGUUGGAGGAUCGGGUGGGGCGGUUUGCGCCGGCUGGAGUUUGAUGCGUGUCUUGUCCGGACAGGCGUCACCGAGGGUGUUAUGGGCGCCGGGUGGGAGGAUGGCGGAUGGCCUCGAGGGUGGCUUCGAGAAGUUUCUUAUGACGGGUGA